AUGUCGACUCAAGCGGAUAGCAAGGCUUACCGUCAAUCCUCCCCCUCUCUUUCGUCCGGAAACUCGAAUGUUGUGGACCACAAUGCUCCAGAUGUCACUGGUCCCGAGCAACCUCGUCGCCCCCCUCCGGCAAACGGGAGGUUGAUCACUGUCGAGCCACUCAAGAGGGCAGAGAUGCAACAAUCAUACGCUCAAGAUCUUGGACUUGAUGGCGUCGAGCAUGGGAUUUAUGGGAGCUUCAUCAAUGCACUUGGCGCGGCGAUUGGAUUCUUUGGUGCAUUCCCCUGCUGUCCGUGCCCCAACCCAUUCCAGGAGGUCCAACAGGGCUCAGUUGGGCUGGUCACAAGGUUCGGACAAUUCUACAAAGCCGUCGACCCUGGUCUCGUCCAAGUGAACGUCUGCUCUGAAGAGUUGCGCCGCGUGGAUGUCAAGAUUCAAAUCGCGUCCAUUGGACGGCAGACGGUUAUUACCAGGGACAAUGUUAAUGUUGAAAUUGAAUCCGUGAUAUACUAUCAAAUCACCAGCCCCUAUCGGGCCGCUUUCGGAAUCGCUGAUCUCCGCCAGGCACUCACCGAACGUGCUCAAACCACCCUGCGACAUGUUGUCGGCGCGCGCGUUGUCCAAUCAGUGGUGACCGAACGAGACGCCAUCGCGCUUGAAAUCGAGGAAAUCGUAUCAGACGUAGCUUCUAAAUGGGGUGUCGCCAUCGAGGGUAUCUUGAUCAAGGACAUCACAUUCCCCCCGGACGUCGCCGCCUCACUUUCCUCGGCCGCACAGGCCAAACGAGUCGGAGAGUCCAAAGUCAUUGCCGCUAGGGCCGAAGUCGAUGCCGCACGCCUCAUGCGACAGGCAGCCGAUAUCCUUGCUUCUCCUGCAGCAAUGCAGAUCCGACAGUUGGAAGCUUUGCAAACGAUGGCCAAGAGCGCACAAAGCAAGGUCGUGUUUGUACCGAUGAGCCUUCAAGGGGAUGUUAGCGCUCAGUUAUCAGGCGGCCAGUGGUCUGCAUCAGGAUCAGGGCAUCACGAUAACACGCAGAGUCCCGGAGCAGGGCCGAGUAUGCUCGGUGGAACCCAAGGGCCCGCGCAGCGAGCAGGAUUGUUGACCAGUAUGGCAGACCUUUAG